UGAGACAUUUAAAAAUGGCCGCAGUAUCGGCACGAUAGUGAGCAGAAAUUGGCAGAAUUGGCAGAAACAUACCGAUCAUCGUCGUGGACUUAGCCGAUGUCAUCGUCUCGUGAUAUCGCGAUCUUCGCGGCGAGUCGCACGUCGACGCACGCACGUUCUAUUUAUAGCAUUUCCGAUUCUUUCGGCGUCGUCUGCCAAGUAUUUUGACGUAAGACCAGCCGGACGCGAUUUCGCGUCAUCGAAGAGAAUUCAACGCGAGGAUCGUCGCGUCGCCUCGAGUCCGUCGAUCCUCUGCCGAGAAUUCUCGCUUGUCUUCCGUUCGCCGCGUGAGCGUCCGCGCGUCCGUCUUGUCCGGCUUCAGCCGGAUAAUCGGAGACAUCACGCGGACUGUGGCAGCGCGCUGUCGGCUGUGCGGUGAGGUUAAGUCGUCAUAGUUUCUUGGAAGGCCUCGUGCGAGGGGAACGGCGAUGUCGCCUGGUGUUAACGGCGGCAGUGGUGGCAGCGGAGGCGGAGGUGGAGGCCCCCGUAACACGGGCACCCUGCCGAAGAGCAAUCGCAGAAGCGACAGGAACCGGGAACGAUCCGCCGCUAAUCAACAAUUUGCGAACCGCUCGCAGGCUUAUCACGGCCACUCGCAGCAUUUUAACAACUUGUUUCAGCUAGAUUGGCAAGUGGCGAGUGAGUGCGAACGUGAACCGAGAGUCUCGAGAGAGGCGAAGAACAGCAACACGAGGUCGGCCUCUUCUCAAUUGCCUUCUUCAUACUUUGCAUACCAAGACUUACCUGACUUUGCGUCACACAACUCGGCAAGACAGAGUAAUUACACUACAGAAGACUGCACACCUUGGCUAAAAAUGGUACCAUUCACUGAUCCUAGAACUCAGUCACCGUCGCGAUUACAAGGAACGAAGCCCUCCAAUGUGAAUAAAAUGCCUGAUCGAAGCCAAGUAGAAAGCCGCUUAAAUCAGAUCAGGGACUACAUCAGAGUCACUGCAACAAUGAUAGAUUCACUUAGUCAAUCUUCUGAUCCUCGUGCACAAGCUCAAAGCGAGAAGUUAAGCAGGAUGGUGGACGAUCUUUACGACAGUGAGACAAAGCUUUCCAAGUUAUUGGAACAGUAUCAUCAAGGAAUUUCUGACGAGAAUGGCGAAAACGGAAGAGAGGAUAUAGAUGAAUGUGGCGAUGCUAGCAGAGAGAUGAUAUUACGGAGGAAUAUGGAGGAAUAUCAGAACAAGCUCGCGCAGUUGCAGGAACAACAGGCCAACUUAACAGACAUGCAGAUGUGUGUCAGAGAAAGAUUGAAUAAGGCGCGUCAGGCGCAACAAAUGCUUCUGCAACAUGAGAAUCAGAAUACAUCGAAUUCUGCCCCAGCUACAUGGGAGGAUAACCGCCCGAGGAGUCCUUCCAAUGUCGAGCAACUCGAGUCGGAAACGGUGGCAUUGAGAGGCAAACUGGCACAAUUACAAACGAAAAAGAAACAAAUGGACCAUCUUGUUGCGGAAUUACAAGCUAUAGAGGCGUCCGACAGAGGCAGCUGUAGCUCGGAAGGUACGAGAUCGAUAAAGGAUAAAGCCGCGGAAUUGGAGGCGAUGAAAGCGCAACUUGCUCAUAUAAAGGCUCUAAUGGAGGAUGGUGCAAAACUUCGCGAUUGCAUCGACUCUUCUUCUGACGCUGAACAGGAUAUUGAUGCUCAUGAUGAAAGUACAACGGACGGGAUUAACGAAGACAUCACAAACGUUACAUUAGAGAAUCGAGGCAAUGAUGUCAAUCAUACGAAACUUCGGUGUUUCGAAUCUAACAUAUCAGACAUGCGGGCGUUGACUUCGGAGCUUAGGGAACAAUCGGUCUUGCUUCAAACCACACGAGCCGAAUUGCAACGCUUAAAACAACCAUUAUCCACAACUGCUCAUUCUACUUCUUUGAAUGGUUCGUACUCUCGCGCUCCUCCAGCGCUUAUAGCUCUAAAUGCGAACGAAGAAAAAAAGCAGAGUUGUAACGCUAGUACGGAAACUCAGUCUAAGCAAACAAAAAGAAGCCAACUUGAAAAUCUUAUAAGAAAGGAACCAACACAGUCUUCCAAUAUGAAUCGGGAUGUUCAAGCGUUAGAUCAGAGCAGUCAAAAGAGUUCUGGUUCGCAAGCUAGUCAUACCAGUACACCUGCAAAUAUCUGGCCGGCUACUACUGCAGGUGUCAUAGGUUCUAAUGAAACAAGUGUAGACGGUGUAUCUACGUCAGAAAAUUUAUUGGAUAUUGGUCCACCUGCUGCUAUUGAAAAUGGUGGAGUUGUCGGAAAUUUAUGGGCUUGUCCUAUACCACCUCCGUCUAUUAAUCAAGGACAAACUGCCACAAUCGAGUAUUAUCGGCAAUUGCUAUUGGGUUCGCAAGCCCAUCAAUUACAAAUGAUGGGUACGACGAUGCAACAGUGUUGUCAGCUUCUAUGGACACAGCAACGCGAAUUGCAAUCUAUGCGCGCUGCCAUUGCCGAUCUGCAAUUGCGAUCGCAAAAUCAGGCUCCGCAACGCGCUAACAAUGUUGAGAAUCCGGAGGAACAUUCUAAUCUGAGUCGUAGCGUCCACAAUCUCGGUGACACGUUGGAUGCGACCUUACCUCCUAGUUCAUCCUUACCGAAUCUUGUGUCGCUACCCAAUUCCUCAGUGGCGUUAUCGCAUACUCCAGUAGCUCCAGUAAUCAGUAGCUCUAACUCGCAGCAGCAACAAUUGAACAAUCAAGUACCUCCUGGUAACAGAGCGAACAACUACUGGGACAAUUUUCGAAGUUAUUCCCGACAAAAUCUACUCUCUGGAAACGUGAAGACGAUGACUGAUCCUCCAACGGCUAUAGCAAAUUCGGCGUGUUCCGCAAACACGACUAAUACAAGUGGAAGCAGUGUUAACAGUUCGCUAAUAAAAGAUAAGCGGAAUCGAGAGCAAGGAUCUGAUAACUUACCUUUACCAUUAGCCGGAGCAGAAACACAGUAUUCGUUGAAUCUACAAUUACCCUCAAAUUUACAACAACAGGACAGAGAAAACACUAUUAUCCGCAGUAAUAUUAUAGCAAAUGAGGUAUCUCAACAAGUCGAUAAUCUUUGGGAAGAAGCGCACAGUUCUUUCCGAUUACCGUCUUCAAUGAAUGAUGAUAACCUCUUUAAUAAUCUAAGUUCAGAGAUGAAGGAAGCAAUUGGUUCGCUCAUCGCAGUGAACAAGAGGCGACCCGAUUACUUGAUAAUUAUUUUGAGAGAGAUUAAGGCCAUUAGUGAGGAUCACAGACUGCGAUCUCAUUUGUUAAGAUCGUUACGCGCUUUGCAGGACAAGCAAACAUUAAAUAAUCCAUUGAACGAAGCGCCUGACAUAACGCCAAGCGAAAGUUGCCAAUCCAGUGACGAAGAUUCGGAUGUCAUCGCGACCUUUACUUUGGAAAAUCAUACGUCCAUGAUGGAAUUGGUUGCGGCAUCUCAUGUAGACAUCGCCUCUUCUCCAGCUUCGUCUCAAGUACCAUUAAUAGAACAUUUGGAAAUAACGGGAGCAUUUCCACUCGAUUGUGCGAGUACUGUUCCUUCCGCUUCUAAUGUUAAACCUGGUUACAAUGAGGACUUGGCGGAAGCCGAUCAAUCGAGACCUGAGUCUUCAGGAAAUCAAAAACUUUCUAGCACUGUAGAUAACGAAGAAGGACAAGAUGAGGCAGCAUCUUAUCCAAUUUCUGCAGAGGCGGCUACUCCUGAUCUUGACAGUCUAACUGCCAAAACUGAAGAUGAACGAGCAGAGGAUACAGAAUUUGAGAAUUUUUUUUCUUAAAUUACUUAGUUAAUUAUAAUGUGAUAAAAUGCUAUUUACAAUUAUCUUAAGUACGAAUUAAAAAGAAAGUAGAGAUGUAUUGCAAUCUUUGAUAAGAUCCUUGUUGGAAAAAUUUUUACAAAAUUCUACACAAUUUCAAGAAAUACUACAAAAAUCUAUUAAAAAAUACUAGAAUUUGAACAUUUUUUCUAAUUUUAAUAAUUAAAUACAUACUUUUACAAAACAAUAAAUAUUUUUACGAAAAAAAUAUUUUUUACAAAUUUCUAUUUUUAGUAGAGUUUUGCAUUUAUUUCUAGAUUUUUUUUCAGUAGAGUAAGCUACUUAGAAACAUGUAGAAUGUUGUAGUUUGACUGAGAAAUUCGUAGAAAUCAUAGAAAAGAUGCACUACAAAAAUACAAAAAUUUUUAAAAACAUUCCAAUUCUAGCAUUUUCGUACAGAUUUUUAUAGCAUUUCUUAAAUUUGUGUAAAAUUUUGUAGAAUUUUUUCUGCCAGGAAUAUUAAUUUACUAUUGCUUCUGUUUAUAUAAAAUAUUGACUAAUAAAUAAAAGAGUCUGAUAUGAAUACAGCAAAA